AUGGAAAAGAAAGAGGCUUUGUGGCUUGAAGUUCUCAAUAAUUUGAGUUCCUUCAUUUUUAAGGAUGAAGAGGAAGUGAUGAAGGUUAUACAAUUAAGUUAUGACCAUUUGUCAGGUCACCUAAAGCCGUGCUUAUUGUACCUUGCAAGUUAUCCAAAGGACGAAGAUAUUGCGAUCUCUUGGUUAAAGGAUUUAUGGAGUGAUGAACUUGUGGAACCAACUGAUUUGAAGAGUGUGGAAGAAGUAACGGAGGUUUAUGUGGAUGAGUUAAUUUCUAGUAGCUUGGUAAUAGUGAGAGGUGGUAGGCACCUGAGUUGCCAAAUUCAUGAUCUUGUGCAUGAUUUUUGUUCGAUUAAAGCUAGAAAGGAAAAAUUGUUUUAUUUGAAGAGCUCAAUUUUUCUGUCUUUAUCCUCUUCUUCAGAUAUGAUGCUGCGUCGACGGACCAUUAUUUAUGAUGAGGACAUUCAUUCAGAUGAUUCUUCCUUUUUCAGUCCAGAAAAGAGAAAUCCUUGUGCUAAACACCUCCUCUCUUUGAAGAUAGAAUCUGGAUAUCUGUAUAACUGGCACCUAAGACACCUGAGGCUUCUUAAAAGGCUGGAUCUGUGGGGUAAAAUUUUGCCAGAUACUUUUCUGAAGGAAAUAGGCAUGCUUAUUCAUUUGAGGUGCUUAAGGAUUGAGUUGAAGGCAAAAGCUCUCCCUCCAUCAUUUUCAAACCUCUGCAAUCUAGAAACUCUGGUGGUGGAUAAUAGUGGAUCAAACCUGGUAUUAUCCCCUACUAUCUGGGGUCUUGCAAAGCUACAAUAUGUGUCCAGCUCUGAUUGUUCUGUCUUUGAUUCGGAUAUUGACAAACUAACAAAGUUAGAGAAUAUGACAACCUUAGAGUGUCUCAACCUCUCUUGUUCGGUAGACUCAGAAGAUAUUUUCAAAAGAUUUCCCAAUCUUCGAACCCUUGGAUUCGUCAUGGAUUUUUCAGCAGCAGAGCAGAUAUAUUUUCCCAGAUUGGAUGUCCUUAAUAAACUCGAAAGAGUUUAUGCUAUAUUUGAGUGUUUUAGGCAUACACAUGUACAUCAGUUUGAUUCUCACUUACCUUUGAGCUUGAAAGAAGUGAAAUUGGAUGGCUGCACUGUCAGGAAUUGGGAGAUCACUACCCAACCUUCAAAAGCUGGAACUAUUUGA